UACUGAAGCUGAUAAUAGCUAUGCAAAUCGAUUUUUGGUUCUGCAGUUCCUACUGCUUUGCUGGCACUACAGCUGUACGAGUAACAAAACUUCUGCCAGAUUUUAUUUCCAGGUUUCUUCCACGCGAGCUGCAAAUCACUCAGAAGCUUGAUCACAAAAACAUCAUCAAGGUCUAUGAAGUCUACAAAUCGGAGGAUGGCAAGAUCGGCCUCAUUAUGGAGCUGGCCGAGAGAGGAGACUUAUUCGAAUACAUCAGCAAGGGCGGGCCCCUAUCAGAACGCCAAGCCAAGGAUUUGUUUGGGCAGCUGGCCGAGUCCGUACGCCACUGCCAUGAAAACGGAGUCACGCACAGGGAUCUGAAAUGCGAGAACACCCUCCUGGACAAGAACUUCAGCCUAAAGCUGGCAGACUUUGGUUUUGCAAAGCUAGUCCCACCGAACAGCGAAGAACUGAGCGCCACAUUUUGUGGAAGCACGGCUUACGCCGCCCCAGAGGUUCUGAAGGGGUCACCACAUGACAGCAGGAAGAGUGACACAUGGAGCAUGGGCGUCGUUCUGUACGUCAUGCUGUCGGGGCAUCUUCCGUUUGACGACACCAACAUUCCCAAGAUGCUUAGCCAACAAGAAAAGGGUAUCUCCCUCGAUCAUCUCCCUAACCACUCCCCAGACUGCAAGGAUCUCCUUUUGACGAUGCUGACGUACAACAUUCAACAACGUCCUUUUAUAGACGGGAUCUGUUCCCAUAAAUGGUUGGAGGCCGAUUAAAUACUCACCACUUAAAAAUACUUACUUAAAAACAAUUCCUAAGGUGCAGGUUUGGUCUCACAGACUAUA